AUGCAGCAUCAAAUCCAGAGUGCCAUCUUCUGGGCGGACAAAGCCGUCGACCUGUCGGACGGCGACGUCAACGAUGUGUACUUUCUUGCUCAUUGCUACUACUUGAACAAGGAAUUCUAUAGAGCAGCACACCUCAUGGAUUCAUGGAAGUCAACACAUGCAGACAAGAGGUGCUGCUACCUUGGAGCACUCUGUCUCUUUGAAUCAGGAGAUCCUCAAGGGGCAUUGAAUAUUUUGGACGCUUCUUUCAUUACUCCCUCCUCCUCCAGGAGCCUCAAAAUUAUGCCUAGGCUAAAUAGCAGUUGGAGAGUUCUACGGGGGAAAUGCCUGGAAGCAAUAGGAAACAAAGAUGCUGGAGUCCAGGAAUACAAGGUGGCCCUGCAAGAGGAUGUAACUUGCAUAGAUGCCUUGCAAGCAUUAAUGGCAUCUCGUCAUCUCACACCAGAUCAAGGUUCCUCUCGUUCUCAUCCCCUGUGGUCUUCGUGUGAUCACGUGUUUUCAUGGUUUCCGUCUCCUUCAGAGCAAGAUUUGAUCGAGUCCCUCGACAUGAAGAAGUGCUUUGGCACGGCCUUGGGAGACAUGGGAGAAAGCUUGUACCUGGUGGAGUUGAGUCGACAUGGAAAGCAGAACAAAGAAGAAAACAAGGGUGAUGGGAUGCCACCUCCACUCUUGUCAGUCCCUUCAUCACUGCAACCUCUUUUUGACAAAGGAAACAUUGACCUGAAGACCAUCUUAGCUGCCCGGCUUUUCCACCAUGCCCAUCCUGCCCAGGCUCUUGAGCUCACACAACAAGUUCUCAAGAAGGAUCCUUAUCACAUGGGAGUCCUUCCAAUCCACAUUGCAUGUUUAGUUGAAUUGAAGAAAUCUCCAGAUCUCUUCUACCUUGCUCAUCAAUUGGUGGAUCAGUUCCCAACCCAGGCAGAGUCUUGGAGGUACCUCCAGAAAACAACAUCUAUGAAAAAGUCUCUGGGUGAGGCCUGGCUACUAUAUGGGCAUGCAUUUGCCUCAGAGAGUGAGCAUGAUCAAGCGAUGGCUGCCUACUUCAAAGCAUAUCAGUCAAUGAAAGGGUGUCACCUGCCACUACUUUAUGUGGGACUGGAGUAUGGCCUGACCAAUGCUCCAAGGAUGGCUGAGUCUUUCUUCAAGCAGGCUUUGGAUAUAGCACCUUGGGACCCAUAUGCUCUGAGUGAAAUGGGAAGCAUUGCAUUCCACAGUGGACAGCAUGAGAAAGCAGAGCGACUGCUACGGGAAGCUCUGGUGCAAGUGGAAGCUUCUUGUGAGAAGCACCCCAUCCCAGACACCUGGGAGCCCCUUUUCAACAAUCUAGGUCAUGUGUACCGGAAGCUGGUCAAAUAUGAUGAGGCACUUCAGUAUCACUCAAAAGCAUUGCUGCUGAGGCCUCGCAACGCAUCCACUCUCUCAGCCAUCGGGUUCAUCCAUGCCCUGAAGGGAGAGAUGAAUGAAGCCAUAGAAUACCUGCAUCGUGCACUUGGAUUGAGACCCGAUGACACAUUUUCCACGUCGCUCCUCAAUACUUGCUUGGAGAUUGUCCUAGCCAGUGACUCUCUG